AUGCCUCGAACUCUGCCAUGGCUCGGUCGUCGUCGCGUACGAACACCAGCUGGGAAUACGCCAGACCGGCUACGCGGGAGAGCAGCUCCAUUAUCACCAGGUCACGAAGUUCCCAGAGAUUCGCCAUCUAAACGGCGAAAAUUUGUCCAUGUACCAAAUUUAGAUGAACGAACGCCAUCGACCUCCCCGCCUCCUGCUCCUCCAACAGAGGAAUUUAUGCGCGAAGGAUAUGAGAAUGAUGACGGAUAUAUCAUGGUUGAAGACGAGUUUCUGGCAGUCGCGAAGAGCUUCACUCAACACCUUCACCACGCCGAAUAUAUGAGGCUGAAAGAGCUUGCUAAGUCACAAAAUGCGUCAACUAUCCACACUAUUUCCAGGCCAGUUGACACAAGGACGACGAUGCGCAAGAUCACUGCGAAGCGAAAUGGAGCUAGACAAAGAGGAAAAUGGCAGGCAGAGGCUGUCGGAAAGCUGAACGCUGGGAACGUCGGCAGCGACGAGGAGCUCUCUGAUCUUGAUGAGGACAAAGAGGAUGAUCCAUGGUUUGGGACGUCCCUUCACAGUCUGAUGACCAGCCCACGAAAGGUGAAAACAUCUCUUUCGUACCUCGCAAGGCUCAAGCCUGGCACAAAGGCAGCCGCAGGGUUUUCGAAACCCGGCGCCCCACCUGCCAGAGACUACAGGGCCACAUCGCCCUUGCGCAUCAAGGAGAGAGGCGCGCCGCUCAUAACAUCUUUUGACGAAGAGGAGACGGCAUCAGAGACGGAAGAUGACGAUCUCGACGGUCCAGUCUAUGCGAAAGGACCUCAUCAAACACAAUUGCAGCCUCCAAAGCAAACGACGGGGCCAGAGCUUGUCUCUUCCAUGCGCCCGUCCCCGGACCUACCUUCCAGUCCACCAAUCAAGCUGGAGCCCGUAGAAUCGCAAUCCAAAGUCUCUCACAGAGCCGAGUUGAGUUCAUCACGGCGGCGGAGACAAACGGAGUCGCAAUUGACCGAUAGAAUCGUUAGGGCUCCUUCGCUUGGUCUAGAUUCUUCUGAUGAGGAUUUACCAUCUUUCUUCAAACCUGAAUCCGAACGGUUUCUUUCAAAGAGAACUGGUCUAGAAAGGCCGGAAGAGCACAAUUCGACCGAGCAGAAGAAGCCUUCUGCUUCCAUUAUGGACAUCCCAACAUUUACUGUAUGAACGCAUUUCCCCAGUGACUGCGGCAAAGACGAUACAACUCAGCAUCUCCCACGUACCAGCUGUAUAAUUGUCUUGCAAAACUGAUGCAUUGCUCAGCUUGGUCCAUAACCUUUCACUAAGAGCCUUUACCGCCAAAGGCUGCGCAAAAUGUUGCAAAAACAGUAUCGUUUCUCUUCGGAGCAACUAACAUACAGUACAAAUGUAAUGUAUCCCGUUAUUUCGGCGAAGUACAAAGGAUAUCUUUCCCUGUUGGUCAUUCCAGAGGUGCUUGGAUACCCGGGCAGAUUGAUCAACUAUAUUAUAGCGAGCAUUCGAAUAACUAAUAGCCAUUCUGAGAUACCCG